CUAUUCUUAUGUUAUAUAACUAACUGUUGUUAUUGUUAUGUCACUUGACCGGUAUCCAGUAUAAUCGGCAAUUGGCAUUUUCAAUAAAGCUGAGUUAUUAGUUUCUUAUCAACUUUAAUUCAGAGAGCACUAUGAUCAAUUUUAGGGUGCUAGGAAGGAGGAUGUCGUCUGUAGCGAAGGCUUUCGAAGCGCACGGCGUGGUACCGGACGUUGUACCCAAGGCUCCUGCUGGUGAAAUUAAGGUAAACUACCCAAGCGGUGUAGAAGUUAACCAAGGGAACGAACUUACUCCCACUCAAGUGAAGGAUAUUCCAACUGUUUCCUGGGAUGCCAAACCCGACAACUACUAUGUGCUGGCCAUGACUGACCCAGACGCGCCCUCCCGUAAGGAACCCAAGUUCCGUGAAUGGCAUCACUGGUUAGUGGGCAACAUCCCCGGUGGUAAUGUGGCCGCUGGCGAAACCUUGUCCCAAUAUGUGGGUUCCGGCCCCCCUCCCGACACUGGACUCCAUCGCUACGUCUUCCUCGUAUACCAGCAGCCUGGGAAACUUAACUUCGACGAGCCUCGUCUCACCAACACAUCCGCUGACAACCGUGGCGGGUUCUCCAUUGCGAAAUUCGCGGCCAAAUAUAAUCUUGGCGACCCCAUCAGCGGAAACUUUUAUCAAGCUAAAUACGAUGAUUACGUACCACUGUUGUAUAAACAACUUGGAGGUUAAAUAAGCUCAGUCCUCAACAAAAAAAAAAAAAUGUAAAAAAUAAAAUCAUAAUAGUAAAGAACAGAUUACUUAAAAAAUAUAUAUUGGUGUGAAAUAAUAUUAUAUCACUAUGUGAGUUUAGAUUUCAAUAAAAUUGAUUCAACGAAGUUGACGAUGAUGCUUACGUGAUUGUAACCAACCAAAACCAAAUUCAAGCUCAAAUUGGCAAUUAAAAAUCGGUCAUUAAACUUAGUGUGUAAGAUAUACUUCCAGAAUAAAGGUAUAGUUGAUAA